AUGGCGAAGACACGCCAUAUUAAGAAGUUUAUGAAACUCAAAGGUCAAAGAAUGAAGACUGAAGUCCGUCACCCACCUGUGAAAGCAGUAAUUAAUGUAAGUAGCCGACAUCUAGAGAGUUUUGAUGAAGCAGUACUAAAGAAAGGUCUCAACUUCGCCACAACCAUCAAACGCAUUCCAUACUUGGACAUAAUAGCCCCUAUUGAAGAGACAGUCGUAAAGAUACCAAAAGCUCCGGGAGAUGAACUAAGGUGGAAAGUGAGACAGGUACUAGAAAAAGUGAAACCUCUCAAACCAAACAUCACUAAGGAAGAAAGGUUCGCUAUCAAAGGACUACAGAGUGACAAUUCCAUCAUAAUACUUCCAGCAGACAAGGGAAAUGCUACAGUGGUGAUUAACAAGUCUGAUUACUCUGAAAAAUUGGCAAGUCUCAUAAGUGAUGGUAGCUACUGCAAAGAAAAGAAAGACCCAAUUCUGAAAACAAAGAGGAAGUUGUCACAGAUCUUAAUCAAGAACAAGGAUCACUUAACUCCAAUAAACUUUCUGGUUAAUUCUCCUCAAGCGUCUAGUUAA